AUGGAUUCCCAAUACAGUACCAGUGAUCUCACUCCUCCUACAGGGCCUCCCCCAGGCCACCUUUCUCAACCUCCCAAUGGAAAGAAUGUCACGUUUAGACAGCCAUCACCGCCAUACCACGACGCCCCUCCAUCCUACCAAGACAAGGCUUACAACGAGCGCCAUGACCAAGGACAAUUGACACCUCCAAAAGACAAUGAGAAGUCACACCAUACUCCGAGCACCUCUCCACAGCCCGGGAUGUACGUCGUGCAAUACCCCGGCGCGAUCCCCCAGUUCCCGCCGCAGGUGAACAUCAAGAGCAAGACCUCAUGGUCGGGCCGCGCCAAUGUCGAGGCCGGCCCUCUGACAGCCACACUCGGCAUGAGCGGCCGGACCGAAUUCCUCGUCGGCGGCGAGCAGGGCCAGAAGGUCGCCGAGGCCACGGCGGAGAACAUGCUGCAGCACAGCGCCGCGCUGCUGCUCAACGGCUUCAGCACCCAGAUCACGUACAAGAGCAGCAACUACUUCUACAGCGCGCCCGUCAACGGCGCCAUGCUGGAUCUCGAGUGGCGCGUGCUGGGCAAGCGCAGCAAGAUGAAGCGCUUCUUUGGCGGCGUGCACUCCUUGGAGCUGGUGACGCCGGGAGCAGCCGAGGAUGAGGAGCCGUUUGCGACUUGGCAUCCUAUCAAAGGGCAGCUGAAGCGAAAUGGGGAUAUUGGGCAUUUAGAGUUUCAUGGCCGGUCGCUGUCUGGUGAGAUGGGGGAGGUGUUCAACCUGAUGGCCGUCAUGACGAUCAUCAAGGUCUACUUUAUGAUCCACGAGGCCAACACAAAGUGGAGUGUGUAUGGCGCUGCAGCUGCAAGCUAG